AUGAUAGCAAGGACCGCGGCCUGCGCAACCUCCAGCACAGUCAGUGACGUGGCCGAGGGAGAUGUGUUGCGAGGAGGCUCGGGCUCAAGCAUAGACGUCAGCGUAGACAGCGGCUAUGCGAGCCGAGUGAGUGUCGAUCGCAGCGAGAGAGACGCUCGUGUGAGAGAGUUGGAAGAAUGCGGACUCACUCUUGAGGAUGCGAGAGCUCGAGUCUUUGAGGAGGAGCUUUCUGUAGCUUGGCGAGAAGCUUACGAGGAAGCCCUCCUGGAAGCUCGAGCGAAGCUGCGGGACGAGUUAGCCACGCUAGAGCAUGAGCGGCGGCUGCAACGAGUCCGUGAGGAGGCGAGGGAGGCGGCGCGAGAGCAGGUACGGGUCGAGGCGAUAGAACAGAUGCGUAAAAUGGAGGAAGAGCGAAUAGGGCGAAAGCCAUGUUUGCGAGCCCCAGUCAAAACGACUGAUUCAGUUCGCCCAGCUACUCUAGACCAGCUGAGAGGCAGACCGUCUGUGUUCACGAGUGAUAUUGGUGACGCGGACAAAGAGUUGCUAGAGCCAGAGCGCGAAACGGUGCGACGCCGCGUCUCUUGGGGCAACUCUGGAGGUCGGCCGAGUAUGCAACGGAGCUGUGUGAGCUCGGGUGAGGAGUCGGAGGAGGAGAGUGGACAAGGAGAGAAGAGUGCGGAAGAGGAGUCGGAGGAGGAGAGUGAGAGGAGAGAGAAAAGUGCGUCGAGAAAGAGACGGAGACAGAGAGGUUUGCUGAGCAGUGACAGCGAGCUCGAAGUUAACUCGAGCUGCGAGUUUAACUCAGCGAACCUGACGUCAUCCGAACGCCGGAAAAGAUCAGCCGACUCGCUCAGGGCUUUGGAGUUCCUGAAGCAUUGGGAGCUCCAGUUCUCGGGCGAGAGUGAUCACGAGGAGGCGGAGGAGUUCUUUGAUCGACUGUGUGAGUGCAGAGUAGCGUUAGCGGUGCCAGACCGCGAGCUGCUAGCGGUGUUGCCGUGCAUUUUCAAGUUGCAGGCAAGCCGCUGGUAUCGGGCGAAGAGAAAGAGCCUACGAACAUGGGAGAUGUUCUGCCGGGCCUUUCGUCGCCGAUACAUGGUUCCGUAUUGUCGGGAGGAUUUGGAGGAAGAUCUGCGCAAGCGAACGCAGCACAGAGAAGAGAAGAUUGCGGCGUAUAUCGCGAGUCUUCAGUAUCUGGCUUCGCGCUUUCGCCGACCUCCAUCCGAACGUGAUUUGCUUCGUAUCGCAUAUCAGAACCUCCUUCCGGAAUACCGGAGAGCUAUUGGCGAAAAAUGCGUCAACAGCUGGGAAGAGUUGGAGAGGUACGGCCGACGCUGGGAGCGGCUAAAAGAGUUAGAUAGCCGUUGCGCACCUCCGCUGCCAGCGGAGAAGAUGCGCGUUCCCGGUGCGGCGUACAAGGAGGAAGGAGAGACCCAGAGAGCCGCUGCAGUCGAGAGGACAGAGCAUGCAGGCCCUGGUGACGAGUUGCCUUCUAUCGAGGUUGAGGAGAGGACGAAUGAACAUAUCAAUGGAGAGAUCUUUUUGGAAUUAGAUCAAAAUGAUUUAACGUGA